UUUCCUUGAGUCUGUCCAAAUCCUACGAACACUUCCCAGCAUAACUCCGCCCUGGAUGAUCAUCAAGCCACAUGUUAAUCACUGUUGGUAGUGUAGGGACGAGCACACGUGGUGGGGGAUUAAGUGACCCGUUAUGUUCAGCUGUAUUGAAUAGAAAAGGAAGAGGGGGUGUUGAUAUAGACUGUGCUCGGUAAAACUUGAUAGCUAUGUGGGGUAUAAAGAAGGUCUUUGUAUAAACUUUUAGCACUAGUUCAUUCAGUUCUCAGUCAGCCAAGGGAAAGGACGACCAUGGGUGACAGGGCGAAGAAUGGUCAGUCAGUAAGAUACCACCAAUCUGGGAGAGAAAGGUCUAUUAUUCAUAUGGUGGACCCUGAUCUGGGAAUUGAACCUGAAAUUAUGGGAUCGCUGGUCUACUGCAUUCACUUCAAAGAUGGCUGCAGGUGGAUGGACGAACUCAAAAAGCUGAAGGGUCAUUUAAACACGUGUAAAUAUGACGCCAUCCCUUGUACGAGCCAGUGUGGUGCAAUGAUUCCAAAAUUGAUGAUGGAGGACCAUUUAAUGUACACCUGUCCCAAUAGGCGGCUCAAGUGUGAACUGUGUGGCCGAGAAGUAACCGCGGAAGUGUUCGAGGACCACAUGGCCACGUGUCAGUACGAACCUGUUCACUGCGAGAACAAAUGUGGCUGUAAGAUUCAGCGACGGUUCAUCAGCACACACCGCCAGAAGGAAUGCACCAAACGACUUGUUGCCUGCCGGUUUUGUAAUAAAGAGUUUGUCUAUGAUACCUUGCAGCUUCAUUCAUCCAAAUGUCCAAGAUAUCUAGUCUUGUGCCCCAAUCGAUGUGAUUCGUCUAAAAUUGCCAGGGAAAAUCUGGAGUUUCAUCUAAAAGAAUGCCCAUCACUUAUUAUGUGCUGUGGUUUUAAAGAGAUGGGUUGUAAGUUCAAGGGCCCUAGAUUUGCCAUGGAACAGCACAUGGAAACAGCAGGAAAGGCACACUUAUUGCUGAUGUGUGGAGUAGUUUCUCAUCAGCAACAUCAGAUCUCAAAUCUUUGUAGUGCUCUCAGUAGCCUUGCAGUCAACACAUCUGGUGUCCUGGUUUGGCGUAUAGCAGACUAUUCCCAGAAACUAGCCGAGGCCAAGACUAAAGAAAGCUACGAACUUUCUAGUUCACCCUUCUACACAAGUCAGUAUGGCUACAAGUUAAUGGCUACUCUUUUUCCUAAUGGUAAUGGUGCUGGUGAAGGUACUCAUCUUUCGGUGUACAUCAGAAUCCUGCCAGGAGAGUACGACCCCCUGCUUCCAUGGCCCUUCUCCCAUACAGUGUCAUUCACACUAUACGACCAGGCCAAUUCACCAGCCAAAGCUACUAACAUUGUGGAAAGUUUUGUACCUGAUCCCUCAUGGGAAAACUUUCAACGUCCCAGCAAGGAACCUAAUGCUUUAGGUUUUGGUUUUCCUUGUUUUGUUUCUCAUGAAAUGUUGAAAAAGAGAAACUUCGUAAAAGACAACACAAUUUAUAUCAAAAUCAGGGUAGAUCCAAGCAAAAUCAUUGCUGUAUAAAUUUGCAUAUAUAGAAUAUUUCAAACUAAAUUUACAUAUAUAUACAUAACACACAUAUAAUUGUGCAUAAAAAAAUUCUUCUAAUUGUAAAUCUAUAAUUUUGUCUUGUUUAUUAUUUGUUUCAUUAUAACCAAAAAAUGGUUAAUUUUUGUUGUUUUUUUUUAUACAUAUAUGUAUGUAUGAUACUCAUGUGACUGGAUAUCAUUCAACUAGAAUAAAAUACUUCUGAAUAAGUGAGACUAAUUCAAAAUUUAAAUAUUUUUUAACAUCAUAUAAGUUUGUUACAAAUCAUUCAUUUUUUUGUUAUUUGAGAUUUAUUCAUGAUAAAUAAUAAUUUCGUAUAUCGCACGUAUUGGUGCUAAGAAUUCUGUCAAAACCUUUUCAAGCAACUUUGCCAAGUCAAAUAAUUAUUUUUAAGACUAUGUUUUUUAGAACCAUCAAGAAUAAAACUGAAAAUACGUACUCUGUUAAUGUUUCACAGGAAAAACUGAUACAGCCACAAUAUUCAUGAUUUUACUAUUAACAAAAAAAACAAACAAACUUGUUACUUACUCUUAGUUGUAUGUUUAACGUUGGGACCAAAAUGUUUCCUUGUAUCUCAAUGUAUUUGUAAAAUAUAGAAUAUGCUCAAAGAAUCAACUUGUGUAACUACUACUAUGUUCGUUGCAAAAUCCUCAGUCAGUGAUGUAAACAUUUGUAUAUAGUGUGUGAUAAAAAAAAUAAAUAGAACCGAUUCAUCUUCAUUGUGUGU